AUGAACUCCAUUUUUGUCCUGAUUCGGCCGCAGGCAUGGUCGCCAGCUGUCACUGAUCGCGUACGCACGUGCCUCGCGAACGCUGGCGCGUGCGUUGAUGCAGAAGACACAGUCUCCGCGAGCUCACUACUGUGCACACCGUCUGUGGAAAGAUACUUUGGCAGCACUCACUAUUGGGCCGUAUCUUCGACAGACGCUGCCCUUCGCUAUCCGCUUUCCGCCCCGCAUGGUGCCACUGGAGAAGGGGAGCCAACGUUUUGUGCAGCCGAAGAGGACCUCAAGUCCCUUUUCUACGAGUUCUAUGGCGAGCUCUGGGACUCUGCCCUCGACGACGGGCGGCUGCGCACAGCGCUGGACGUCAUGCGAGCAGACAACGUCUCAGCUGCUGAGUUGUCGUCGCGCUGUACAGCGACCGCCGACGACGCCGUGCUUGCGCUGCCGUUGGGUAUGACUAUCACAAAGCUUCUCAGCUCUAACGAAAGGGGACACGCUGCGCCGCUGCACUAUGUCGUGAAUGGUACCUACCCUGCUGUGCUAGAGGCAUUCCUGCGAGGAGGCGGUGAUGUUAAUAAUAGCGCUGCCGUCUCUUGCUGGUGGUGUGCCGCCUCUUGGCCCUCGCAAACCACACAAGGCGUGUCACAGGAGACACAAGAGCGAAGGAUUCAGCUGUCGCGUACGCUGACAGAGAUGCUUUCCACGCCCCAUAGCAUUGAUGUCUUCACAGGGGCACUCGAGGCGCUGGCUUGCCGCUCGUGCUGGAUGAAUGUGCCGCUUUACGACGACCCAUUUGUCCGGUUGCUGGUCCAGCGGGGUCUACCGCUCCCCUGGGUGGCGGCGCUCCUGCGUGGCCCUACACUACACGAGCACGGCCACUUUACAAGCGUGUUUGAUAUGGUGGCUGGCAAAGACGAAGAAGAUACCGCUCUCGACCUUGUAGCGCUGUAUGAUGAGCUGCGUUCUCCCGACAAUGGAGCACAGGAGAGAAACGCGCCGGAUGGUGCCGCAGCCCUCUACGACUGGCAAAACGGUUGUGUGGUUAUGUCAGCAGCAGCAGCGGGGCCAGUCGCCGAGGACUCGAUCUCUUCUCGCACCUAUGCAGUCGCUCUUUUUCACCCUCGCCUGUGGUCUCGCAAAGACCUUGUUCAGUCCAUUGAAGCACAACUGGAGCAACUCGAAGUCCACGUCGAGGCAGUACGUGAAGUCUCCGAAGAGGAGCUGGAGGCAAAGCUGGAUCUCCAUCACGGAGAUGUUGCCCGCUACGCGCUGGACCAGGAGGCGCUCCGUCGACUUGCAGUCGAUGAGAACAAGGCCGUCGCUGCCGAAGCGAUGACUCGAUUCGAGAAAAACUGCGGCGUUCCCUGGGAGGUUGCCAUGCAGGAGGGGCGCAUUUGGAGCGCCUCCCUCGCUGAGAACCUGCUUGGUGUGAAGCUAGCUGCCGCGCUACUGAAACACUGUGCCACAAGUGCACACACGACGCACCAACUGUCUGCCACGUUGUCAAUCACGGAACUUUCGCGACAGGCGCUCAUGACGCAGCUGAAUCCAGAGUGUCCGGUGAACGUCGUCUCGCCAGUGAGCGACUCCACGAACUUGCAAGGCAAACAGAAAGAGGCGGCAAAGGCGCACUGCCCCUACAGUCUCACCUCACAGUCAUACUUUGUCGCCAACGCCGCGUACGCCGUUUACCGCCGUGACGCACUCAGGACCUCUACAAUCGCAUGCAGGGCCAAAGGCACCAGUGGACUGUGGCAGCUGUCGUGGCGAACCGACGCAGAGCAGCCAGACAUAGCCGAGUGGUGCGCUGCUACUUCUGAAGCCCUGCUCUGCGCGGCAGAGCCGGUCGACGCUAUUUCGCACGGGGAAGGCGAUAAUAAAGGCUUCGGCGCUGAGGGCACUGCAUCCUAUAAGGCUGCCGUCAUGGAGUCGGUGCGUGCGGUGUACCCCCUUUUGCAGGUCUCCGCCGACGCCUUUGGUGCGAUGCGCGCGCGUCAUCUCUGGUGGGGCACCCCGUACGAGGAUGAUGUGGUCAGCCGCGACCUGGUGCGCUCACAAGGGCGAUCGUGGGUGACACUUCACACGUCAUUCAGUGCGUCAGCAACGGCAGAGUCUACUGUGCAGGAGGCGGUGCUCGCGCUUCUGCCGCCGGUCGCCGCCACUGCAGAGGCCAUCAAGCUCACAUUGGCCACACUCGAAGAAAGCGGCGUGCUCCUUGUUGAGGAAGCAGACCUUUUCGGUUAUGACGCUUUCGACUACGUCUUCAGUAGCAGUACGGCGUUGGCAGUGGCUCGACAGCUGGCGCAAGAGAGCGGGCCUAGCUUGUGGGCAAUGAUGUCGGGCGACAUGCAGGUGGCCUUCAGAGCUGCAGCUGCAGCGCUAGCAGACGGGGACCCCCAGCCGUUUACUCCCGCAAGCCUCUACGGUGGUGCCAUGGUGUGUGCCGCGCUGCAAAUUCCACUCAGCGCGCUGGAAGAGGGGUGGCAUUGCACCAAGCCUCUCUGUGUCGGAGACAAUUGCUGGCUCGGGUACCUUGCCACGUACGAGGCUUGGGUAGUGAACGGUCACAUUCCACUCUUGGAGCGCCGCUACAACGCAGAGGCAGCACGUGUGCACCUGCUUCGAGUUCAGUGGAACGUAUCUAUCGCCUCUUGGACCAAAAUGCGAGAUGUGCUCGUUGGCCGAUGCAGCAACGACGGCGAAGGGGAAGCGGAGUGUCGCGACAGUCCCGACGCAGGAUCACUGACUAAGUUGCUCUCCCACAUUGCCGAUCGCAGCCCCGUAAACGCGACCCGUCUAGGUGGCGAGCCUCUGCAGAUAUUCUCGGCCACAGCGCACCAUGCGCUAGUCGAUGUACUGCGGUGGCCGCGGGCCGGCUCGAGCGGGCCCCUGAGCUCUGAGGUGGCGCUGGAGGACUGGCUCGUGUGGCAGCCGAGCGUGCAGCGCCUUCUGCAGCGGGGCGCAUGCACCCUCGCCAUCGUGGUUCAGCAGGUGCGCGAAACGCUCAAAACCGUGCUGCCACCGUUGUUACCGUUACAACACUCCUCACCCUUCACCCCUUGCUGGACGUCACGCUUCGCCCAGUCGCAGCGGGCUGCGGAACUUCACCACGGCUUCAUCUGGCUGCAUCCCUCUAGCACCACCCCUGCCGUACGGGAUGCUGUCACAGAGCUGCUGCUCGCGCAUCGGGUGCGCGUCCGCGCCACCGGCUCAGUACCGCUGGACGUGGCCAUCCAAAGGGAGCUCCUCGAUGUCUUGCACGACUCUUUCUUCAAGAACGCAUACGUACGCAGAGCUGCCGAGGUGCCCAUCACGGACGCCGAGGCGCAAACCUUCGCACGUCACUUCGACUUGGACUGGACGAAGGCAGUGCAGCUUGGGCUAGUGCUGAACGUGAAGGAGGCGGAGCAGAAGUAUGGGACUGUGCAUGUGAUGAUGUGGUGGGAGAGUCUGGCACCUGAGCAUCAGGCGAAGCUGUCUGACUCGCUCUUUGUGGGUCACAUGGCCAAGGAGGGUCUUUAUGUGAUGAAUGCACCGUACAGCUACCGACGUGCCCGCCUGCACGUAGGAAGCCACGAGGUUGUCUGGUACGCGGUUGAGUGGAAUGCCGCCAACAUGUCCUGGAAUCAAUUCCUGAGAGAGGUGAUUGGGGACGCCGACCCGGCUGCCGCGGCUGCUGGCUCUCUGCGUCAGCACUUUGGCGCGCACUGGACACGGUACAGCCUUACAGGGCAGCCGGACGAAAUCGAGUGCGUGCUGCACGCUUCGGAGAGCCCCCUCGCUGCACUGGCUGAGCGCUGUCGCUGGCUCGCUCAGUUACCGAGACAGGACCCGUACGGCUGCCUCCUCCUCCAGUAUGGGGUUCACCCGUCGCUGCUGUCGAUGCUUCUUGCCAACCCCAGCGUGUACAGCCGAAACACCGGCGUCAUCAUGGAGGCAUUCCACGCAUUGCCGCAGGAAGACGUGCAUGCGCUGGUGCGACACCUGCGCGACCUCCAGUGUACGCGUACAGCCUUGAUAUUGCCGGAGAGAACGCGACUCGUGCCACCAGCCACGACCGCCGCCACACCCCCACCACCGGAUGCGCCACACCUGAGAAAAGCAGAAGAAGAGAGCGAGGGGUCGGCAGGCCUACAGACCCCCGAGCAGCUGCGCUCCUACCGUCAUGUGGCUCUCGCAAGCGCCGUCGAUCCUUUUGUUCAUUGCACCUUUUCGACGGCGCACCGACAAAAGUUACCCUCUCCCUCCUCACCCUUCACGUGUUCUGCAGUCCUCUAUCUGGACCCAACGUGCGUCUCCGUGGCGGAGCCUAUCCCCUCCAACUACCGUGCUCUUCGCAGCUUGCUUGAGCAGCAACUGCGCGUCAAUGGUGUUCAUGUUGUGCACGAGCGCGUGGUAGUGUGCGCCAGCGCGGCUGAGGCGUCCGCACUCUACCGCUGCCAUCACCACCGCCAGUACCGCUACGGCGUAGCCAUUCCAGCCAUGGAGAGCCUCGCCAACUCGAUGCAGUGGCAGGUAUGCUUCAAGGAGCGAUUUGGGGUGUCCUAUCAGCACGCCUCAGUGACCCUCUACAACACAGCAGAGAUGUCGCGAGCCAUGAAGGUUACCGAGCGCGAAGUAGCCGCUCUCUGGCGCCGGAGCAAAACCCGCCAUCCGCGCGACACGGCCGUCUUGGGUGAAGGGUGUGUCAUUCAGCGACUGCAGCCCGGCAAGCCGUUUUACGUGAUGAACGGCGACGUCAUGGAGGCAGAGCAGGAGUUUGUAGCAGCGCAGGCUACCGCAGGUGUGCAAGUGUGGUUGGUCACUUGGGACUCCGCACGCGUGGACAUGGGGUACGAGAAGCUGCAGCACCUCAUUGCUGAGCUGCAAGCGCCUUCUGGUGCAGUGCAGCAAUACUGGGCAUCGAAGGGCGGGGAAGGUGAUCUUGGCCUUACGUCCGCGCUUGCCACCCGGGACCGCGACUCCCCUUUUCUGCACGUCUCGGAGAGCGCCCUGGCGGCGGUGCAGCAGCGGCAGCUGUGGUGGCGGCUUCCGGUGUGGUCGGAUCCCACGGUGGCGACGUGGAUGAACGGCGCAGCGGACGAUGAGACAACCGGCGGCAACGUCGACGUCGCGCCUUUGACUGCUCGUACGGUGGCAUGGGCGCUGCAGGAUCCGCUCAUCUCUGUCGCCUCUCGCGAUGAUGACGGGUCUGUGUAUCUGUGGGACACCGUGGUCGGUAUGGACGCGCGAAACGCAUGUGCCCGCAUCCGGCGCUGUUGGGCGAUCAGCAUUGCAGAUGAGCACAACGAUGAAAGCACUCGCAACACUGCAGUGCUAACUCUGGCGCCGCAGGUUGCAACGAACUGUGCCGUUCACCACUUGGUGCGCUCUGUGCUCCUCGACAAGGGCCUCCGUAUCGACGCCUACGGCUUCAUUGCUGAUCAUGGCGAAGACGUGGCGACGUCGAGGUCCACCGUGCAGUAUCUGUACCCCGAAGACUGGUGCUACGCCCUCGAAGAGCCGAGGGAAAUUCAACUGAACGCAGACGAGAUGGAGCGCGUCGCGCGCACGUUCGGCACGCCAUGGGAAGCGCUGCUUGACGCCGGCCGGCUACUGCCGGCUUCCCGCGCCACCAAGCGACUAGGCGGCAUGACAGCGCCGCAGCUUCAACUUUUCGUGAAGAUGGCGAAGAAUUCACUGUGGGUGCGGCCGCACCUGCACGUCGCAGAGCUGAAAGAGUACGGUGUCUACGUGAUCAACGCCCACGUUCCGUACCUCGCUCACACUAUCGCCGGCACCAUCACCCAGUACCCGUUACCGUAUUACGUGGUAUCGUGGAGCCCUACUCUGUGGAACUGGAAGGCGUGUCUCGCAGAGGUGUUCGGCUGCGCAGAGCCCACGCUGGCUGCGCCUGGGAGUAUUCGCGGCCGCCUCUACGCGUCGUGGUCGGCUUUCGGCUUGCACUCCGUGCCGGAGAGGGCUGAGGGCGGCGGUGGUGGUGUAUGUGUGAGCGAGGGGCCCCUACAGAGUCUACUGAGUCGCCUGCACGUGACGUGGCCUCCGCUGGAUUCUUUCGACAGUGACGCCAUUGGCAGCAUCGUGCUUCGGCAGUCAGACCCAUCAGGUGCCACAACGGUGCUGCACGCGUGGCUGCGCAACCCGGCUGUCACGUGCGAUGGCAUCAGGGCCGGCGUGUUUUCGCAUCUCGCCUGCUGGGACACCCGAGAGGCGCUACAGCUUAUGGAGACCGUUACGGCGACACACAAAAAGUCGGCCACGUCUGCAGCGCGGCUUCUCCCCUCUGACCUUGGCACGGCGCGCAACGAGGUGCAAGAAGCCGAAGCGCGCCGCGCUGCAGAAGUGUCGCGGGAGGCAGCGUUUCAGCAACGAUACGAUCUCCCCCUUCUGCUCACCUCUUCCGGUGCAGUGACGCCUAGUGUUCAAAUCUCGGACAACACAGUGGAGAGCGCGCUGCUGCACCGCAACGUCAGCACGCUGCUUUUCUUCAGCCACCAGCUGGACACAGCUCAGCGCGCGCUGCUGCGCCAGCACCUGCUGCAGCACGGCGUGACCGUCACGGCGGCAGCCAAGUAUGAAGACGACGAGCAGGAGUGUACGGCCGCCCUCCUUGACCGACUGUACGCCACGGAGGCGUACUUUGCGGAUUGUCAAAACCUCGCAGCAGUGCUAUCAAAGAGCGGUGAAGUGGCUAUCGAGGAUCAGGCCCGCUUCAAUGCCGUAUUUUGUGAUGAAGUGCCAUGGCUAGCGCUACUUGCACACUCGGCACGCUCACCAGAAGCGGACCACGACGCGGAUCCCUACCUGGAGGUCUCCGCGAGCGACAACUUGCACCGGCAAAGGCGCAUCUACAGCGCUGUCGAUGCCAUGAAGAUCUGGGGUCUCACACCCCACGAGUUGUGGGCUGAGAUGCGGCAAGGGGUGUCGAUGCGGCUGUCCGAGGGGUUGGAAGUCACGCGUCUCCUCAGGGAGGGGGCUGGGUACGCGAGUGGUGCAAAUGCGUGCGCUGUGGAGGCUGACACAGAAGCACCAUGGAGAGGGCACUACGUGGUAAACGGCUUCUACGCAGCAGUUCGUGCCUCUCUGGAGGCGCCAGCAGCAACACCUGACACGAGUGGGGCAUCCCGCCCCCAUGCGCCACCGUCUCUGACGAAGUGGAAUGUUACCUGGGACGCACGGACGCUCUCCUGGAACGAUUUCUGUCAGCGCGUAAUUGGCUAUGCCGACUGCGCUCAGGCUGCCUCACCGUCUUUUAACGCUCGACUCGCCGAAUCAAUUAUGAACACGAGAACGUCGCCUGAAGGAAACAAAGAUGAGGCGCCGUCGCCGCUGUCAUGCGUUGGCGUGAUGGCGGCAUCAGGCCCAUUGGCUGCGUUCGCUGUUCGUCGCUAUUGGUGCUGGAACGCGCACCAUCACGACAUGUACCUGCCCGAUCCGUUUCUGCGUGCGGUGGGUGACGCCGGUAUGGACCACGACGUCGUUCUGAACGAGGGGUGGCUUCUCAACCCCUUCAUGGCAGUAGCACAGGGAACGAGGCAUCUGCGUCUCUUUGACUGGACCCGAGGCUACAACACUUCGGCGGUUCUCGAUUGGAUGCACAGCCGCGAGCAGAUGCCCAACCACACAUCUGUCGAUACGACCGAGGCGAGGGGUGUAUCACCUGCACCAGGGGAAACGUCUCACAAUUCGGAACAGAGCGCGGACACUGUCCCUGUGGCGCGAGCAGGCGCCGCAGAGCUGCGCCCGCCAUCCCCUCCGCCACGAAUGAAAGGUCAGUUGCAGAUGGCAUGGGUGCGUGAUGCACUGCUGCACGCCAGCACAGAUGCAGAUUACGGGCGGCUGUGGGAACACUACCGCUACCUCAGCCCUCCUGCAGUCGCAGCGGCAGGAGCAGCAGGGGAGGCUGCGUCGACGCACGAGAUGAGGAAGACCAUUUCUUUUGCUCUUUUCUAUCGCGACUUCAAGUCCCUCGAUAACUUCGGCGUUCCGUGCAUGCAUCAUGAAUUGAAGCAGCUGUUCAUUGACAUCGAAUCGCAGAGACGCGGGCGCAUGUCCUACAAAGAGCUCGUCCACGCUCUCGCCCUCUACCGAUCGCUAUAG